CGUCAAUUGGACGAACAAGAGCAAAAUAAAGGUAUAAUUCAAGAGAAUAUUAAUUUUAUAUUGGGCGAAUGUAGUACUAAGAUACAAGGCGAAUGCUCAGAAGAUAGCUUAAGUGUAUAUAUCGAGGCGUCAUAUUUGACAGAAGAUGAUUAUAGUGAGAAUGCUUAUGUAAUCCAUGCGGUAUCGAAAGUACUGAAUCCGCUCUUUACACAUUCUAAAUGGCAUCUAAAACGUGCAUGGUCUGAACAAAUGA